GCUCUAUUUUCUGCAGAAUGUGGCCAUUUUCUUCUUAGGGUUUCGCUUGCCGCUCUCCGUCGCGCCAUCACUAACUUCUCAUCUUAAGGUUUGCCAUCUUUACACAUAUUUGGGAAUUCGUCAUGGAUGACGGUGAGCUUGAUUUCCCAAAUCAAGGAACAUUCUCCGGUCCAAACAUGGAAGAACUUCAGAGUACUGGCUCAAUGGAUAGUUUCUUUGAAGAGCUUUUAAAGGACGCACAUGCUUGCACGCACACUCACACUUGCAACCCUCCUGGCCCUGAUAAUUCACAUACCCACACUUGUUAUCAUGUGCAUACCAAAAUUGUUCCCGCACCUUCUGAAGAAAAGGCUGGCACUGAUGAUAGUGCUGGUACAGAUUCUGCAGAAAAGAAGCCAAAAAAACGUUCUUCAGGUAAUCGUGAAGCAGUUCGCAAGUAUCGUGAGAAGAAGAAAGCCCGAGCUGCAUCUUUGGAGGAUGAGGUUGUAAAAUUGAGAGCUUUGAAUCAACAUUUGUUGAAGAGGUUGCAAAAUCAGUCUGCUUUAGAGGCUGAAAUUGCAAGACUAAAGUGCUUGCUAGUAGACAUUCGAGGAAGGAUUGAUGGGGAGAUUGGAUCAUUUCCAUAUCAGAAAUCAACUAAUUUGAACCCGCCAACUGCACACUCGUCUGGUUCCUAUUUGAUGAAUCCUUGUAAUGUGCAAUGUGGUGAUCAGGUGCAUUGUCUUCAUCCAGGAGCAGAUGGCAAGAAUACAGAAUAUUUAUCAACUGACGGGCAAGGAUUGAAUGGUUGUGAAUUUGAAAGCAUCCGCUGCCCAGCAAACCAGAAUUUGGGUCUCAAUGAUCUUUCUGGCUGUGGAGUUGGACAGGAGGUGUCCAAUAUCAAGUCUUCUAAAGCAAAUAAAAAAAAGGUGAAUCCUCAUUCCCCUAUCUCUCUGAUUCUAGCAUGGAUUAUUAAUUUCAUACCAAUUUAUGUAUAAGCUUGAUGCCAUUCAAGUUGCCAGUGAAUGGUAUAAUCUGCCUAGCAUGUUUGAUCUUUGUUUGUGAUCCUAUGCUUUCUGUUUAUCUUGUUGUAUUUUUUCUUUUUCUGGAUAAAAUCUUGGCCAUCUCAAUGUUAUGUCUGGAUGUAAUGCUGAAGGUUAAUUGUUAGAUCUUCAGAUCAAUGACCUUUAACUUC